GGCCGGAACGAUUACUCAGAAACUUUUCUCGCUCGGCAUUGGUCCUCAUUGUUCGCUGUCUCUUCCUGUUUUGAGGUGUUUGUGAUUUAGUUAGUGAUGUUCGGAAGAAGUUUUGGCUCAUCUAAAACUUGAAGAAAGCGGUUGAGUCUGAUGGAGAGGUGAAAACACUGCACCAAGGAAACACGCUCACACACACACACGGCGCCAUGUCUGGAGCCCAGGAGAACAAGAGACGUCGACCCUCGAAAAUGUACUUGGUGGCAUCUGACCUGAAGAUUCAGGACCAGUUGGAAGGGACCAUCCGACUGCGGCGGGGGAACCUCUGUCAGGAGCAAGAGGGGGGGAGGAGCCGGGGAGACCAGCUGUGGGUGAAGGUAUUAGACUAUGGUUGUAUGGUAAAAAUCGACAAGCAGCUCCUAAUCGAUGUCCCCAGCGACCUGACCGGUCUGUUGGAGCCUGUAUCUGACCCAGAGUCCCGCCUCACACUGCUCAAUAAUCCCAAGGAUCUUUACCGAUUGGCUGCCUUGCCCCUAGGAGCCCCCCUCUGGGUCCAAAUCGGCCAACCAGGAGAGCUGGCAGAAGCGGAGCUGAGGUAUCUCGGGCCGCUGACCAGAGGAAGCACCGCUGUGUUGUUCGGAGUGCAGCUGAAGGGCUCCGCGGCUGGUAGAGGCAACAGCAAUGGCUCUUACAAAGGCCACCACCUCUUCUCCUGUCCCGAAGCGUCCGGCCUCUUCCUCCCGGCCAAUCAGAUCGCGUUGCAGCGCCGGCCCCGUUCCAGCGACGACCGUGACAACCAGGAGAGGGAGCACUUCAGUCCCAGCAACCAGCACCACAGUCACCUCAAUAACCACCGGAACCAGAACGCCGCUCCUACUCAAUCGUCUGGUAACAUUACGGCCCGAACGGCUGAACCGGGGCCGCCUCCAGGACAGGCAUCAGUCCUGCCCCGAGGCACCGUCUCCCCACCCCAGCUCCAGGUCGGACAGAGGGUGUGCUUCCCCCUGGACGACACCAUCCAAGGGGGGGAGGUGAAGUUCUGCGGGCCCCUGCCUGGACGGGCCUCCACGGCGCUGUGUGUGGGAAUCCUUCUGGACAGUGCUGUUGGGAACUGGGAUGGGUCGUAUAAAGGAGAGAAGAUCUGCUCGUUCCCCUCUCCCCAGUAUGGUUGUCUUCUGCCCAUUUCCAAGGUGUCCCCAGAACCAAGGUCACGGCGCCAGCCCCCUCCUCUCCAAACCCCCAAAUCCCCCAUAAAACUUGCCCAACCGCCGGCUCCUAAACCGUCCCCCAUAUCUUCACCCACCUCCAAGCCCAAAAUCGCACUCAUGCCCCCCCAACUCGUGUCUGCCAAACUGGCCUUAAAACCUCCACCGCUCACCACCCCCAAACCGUCCGCGAAACCCCUCCCGCUCCCCCCGACCUCUCCAGCCAUCAAACCGCGAACUCCGCCCUCGCCGACCACCGCGGACAAACUCCAGGUCUCCAACGGCGUGCCUGGUCCCCUCUCUCCGGGUUGCGAUGAUGGGGUGGAUGGGAAGAAAGAAGACACGGGAUUGGAGGUCGGCUCCAUGGUGGAGGUCAAUGACCCGCCCCUUUUCGGUGUCAUUCACUGGAUCGGACGAAUCAGUGGCAUCGCCGAGCUCGUGGCGGGAAUCGAGUUGGACCAGGAGUUAACCGCUGGUACAGACGGUAGUUACCUCGGCGAACGCCACUUCCGUUGCCCCGCCAACAAGGGGCUGUUCGUCAAACUCCGGAACUGUAGGCGGGACUCCCGAUUCCCCGCCCCAGAGAAACCCAUCAACCAGGUGGAACGAUGCAAUUCAAUAGCGUUCGCAGAGUGGGGUAGUGAGAGGGUAGAGGAGCCCACGCCUCCUGUGCAGGAGGAUCAGGCCAAGGAGGUGUACCAGGGCUGGAAGAGAGGCAUCCAGGGACACCUCAACUCCUGCUACCUGGAUGCCUCACUCUUCAGCCUGUUUUCCUGCUGUAGUUCAGUAGACUGGGUGUUGCUGUGGCCCUCAAACCCCUCAGACGGGCCCCGCUGCAGUCAGGCCCGGGACCUGCUGCGCUGUGAGAUCGUCAACCCCCUGCGCAGGUUUGGCUACGUGUGUGCCAGUAAAACCAUGGCUCUGAGACGGCUGCUGGAAGCUGAGUGUAGUGAUCCUGGCUUCACCAACCAGGAGAAAGACCCAGAAGAAUUCCUCAACAAGCUUUUCCAACUCCUCCGGGUCGAGCCUCUUCUCAAGAUCAGGUCAGUGACCCAGACACAGCAGCUUCAGGAGUGCCACCUCUACCAGCUCUUCCCUCCCUCUGUUCCCGCGUCUCCCUCCUCCCCCUCCCCACUGUCCCCUUCCCUCUCUCCCAUCCCUCUGUCCAUCCCAGUGGCACGGAUGAGGGUAGCCAGUGUGCAGACUCUGCUCGAGACAUCUUUCCUCCAUGCCGGGCUCAAGUUUGCUGAGGCUCCCUCCUGCCUCCCCCUCCUCAUGCCCCGGUUUGGGAAGGACUUCAAGAUGUUUGAUGCCAUCUUGCCCUCCCUCACCAUUGACAUUACAGACCUGCUGGAUGACACUCUUAGACAGUGUAGCAUUUGCCAGGCUGUAGCAGAAUGGGAGUGUCUACAGUGUUAUGAAGACUUGGACAUCACACCAGGUCACCUCAAACAGUAUUGCCACACCUGUAACACUCAGGUUCAUGCUCACCGGAAACGUCAGUCCCACGGUCCCCUGAAGGUGGGCAUGCCCGGGGGUCCGUGGACCGGCCCACUGCACGGGACACGUCAGCGGUUGGCUCUCUUCGCCGUGACGUGCAUCGAGACCAGCCACUACGUGAGCUUCGUCAAGCAUGGGCCCCGCCCGGACGACUGGCUGUUCUUUGACAGUAUGGCCGAUAGGGAAGGUGAGGAGAACGGUUUCAAUGUCCCCCAGGUGAGGGCGUGUCCAGAGGUGGGCCGUUAUCUUAGCCUAUCAGAAGAGAAGCUGGGAAGGCUAGACCCCGCCUCCUUAAGAGAGCCCGCCCGUCGACUGCUGUGUGACUCCUACAUGUGUCUCUACCACAGCCCUGAGCUGAGUCUAUACAAGUGACAUCAGCCAUCAUCACAAAUAGCUGUGCCUUUAAUAUGUGUAAUGCAUAUGCAGUAUUCUAGAUUACCUCUGUUGCCUGUUAUAGUAACACACCCACACACUCAUUAAUACAUAUGACCGUAAAUACAUACAUACAUAAAUACAUACAUGCCAGUAUUCAUCUACCAAAGUGCCUCAAAUGAGUGACAAAAAACAAAAAAAGUGACAAAAAACAGGGACAUUCUGACAGAACUACUGCCCAAACUGAUUUUGCACUUUUGGAUUUACCUUAUUUUAUUUGAAUGUCUGAACUAAAAAGGAUCAAAUUAGUGUAUAUGUUUAGAAUUUUGAAAAAUUUUACAUCCUUUUUUAAUUCAGUAUGGGUUGUUUUGGCCAUAAUGAACAUGUUAAAUAAAAUGUGA